UAGCUGACAUUUAAACAAUUUUCUUAAGAUGUGCGAUAUACAACUUUGAUAUGACAUAAGAACAAGCAGAAAUGCAAGACAUUUGCGAAAAUAUUCGUACAGCUAUUGAACAUGGACGUACCGAUAUAAUUAGAUCCCUUUUAGAUGCAUGUGAAAAUGGUAAUACAGCUGAAGGUAUAACAAAAGAUAAGAUCUUAAAUCAGCCACUGUUAGAAGAAGGUACUUUCCUUUCAUAUGCUGCAAAGAGUAAUCAGCCAGACAUUGUACGAACAUUAUUAAGUUGUGGAGCUAAUCCAGCGAUUCAGAAUGCCAAUGGACACAAUGCUGUAGAUAUUGCAUCAAGCGAUGCAAUACGUCGUACUUACAUUGAAGAAUUACUGAGAGCAACUGCUGCAUCAGAAGUUGACAGAGUAGUGCAGUUAUUAGAAGCAGGGUUAAAUGUAAACUCUUGGGAUUCCCAUGGAAGUAAAAAUACACCUUUGCAUUGGGCAGCUUGUUAUGGAAAUAAAGACAUUGUCACAUGUUUAAUUGAUAGAGGAGCAGAUGUAAAUGCUGUAAAUGGUUGUGGAGCUACACCAUUACAUGAUGCUGUAAAUCGAGGUGAUGUUGCUGUUUGUCAGGAACUAUUACAAGCAGGUGCUAAUCCUCUUGUACGAGCAACCAAAGGAACUUUUGCAGGGAAAACUCCAUAUGAUCUCUCCAGAGGUAAACAACAUCUGCACUGUUUCCUUCAGAGAUUUUUAUCAAAUUUUGUGUCUAAUGACACUGACACUAUGCAUAGUCCAACUGCAUCGUUUACAGAAGGAAACUUCUGUCAGAAAAGCAUUUCAAGUAACAUGAGUCAACUUUCUAUUGAAUCUACUAAAUCUCUAGAUCCAGUGUACGAUCUACCUUUACGCGAAUCAGGCAAAAAUAGUCCAACGAAAAGUACAGAUAAAGAUGGGAUUUAUAAUUUACUUUGGCCACAACCAAAAACUGUUGUUGAACUGAAAAAUUGUUCUGCACCUUUCAUUGCUGGAAAAGAACUUUUUAUAUCUAUAAUACAGGGUAGCGAAUCCAUACAUAGAAUAUUAGAUGUUUGGGAAAUUAGCAGAACUCAUUUAUUGGAGUUGGGCCAUGAUGUAAAAAUUGGUGAAGUGCAUCCAAGCUCUGGCAAAUUACCUAAUGAUAACAGAAUUGAGUGUAUAGUAAACAAGAAAUUGUUUAAUAAACCCGAGGGGUAUCAACUACACAUUUCACAGAACACUGUUAAAGUUGGCGCUGGAAGUUUGGCUGGAUUGCAUUAUGCAGUUUGUACAUUUGUACAAAUAUUACGAUUAAGCAAAAGUCUGAAUAGAUCGGAAGCGUGUGAAAUUGAACCUGUAUUUAUAAAAGAUGAGCCAAGAUUCUCACAUCGGGGUAUAUUAUUGGAUAUCUCGCCCAGAGGUCGUAUACCAAUUUUAGAAUAUUUAUUGCAUAUGAUUGACUUAUGGUCAUCCUUUAAAAUAUCUUAUUUACAUCUGUAUUCGCGAUUAACUCCAAAUUGUGAUUGGCAACUUUGUUAUACGAAAUCAGAAAUGGUUACGCUUGACCGUUACUGCAGGGAUCGGCAUUUAGAUUUAGUUCCAACCUUAGAUGUUGAUUCUAACGUGGGUCAGCAUCACUUAUCGCAAAUGUGGCCUAUAUUUCAAGAAUUAUUAGCAGUAUUUCCAACUUUAAGUUAUGUCCAUGUUGGGCCCAGGCUAGCUAGUUUGCUAGUUCAAGCGGACAAUUUUGAUUUGAACUUGUCCAUUAAUGAGACUAUAGAAACAGAUAUGUCUGAAGUAUUUAAAUCGUAUUCUUGUCUUCAAGAACUAUGGCAUAUUUUGAAUCUGAGUUCAAGUACAACUUUGAUGCUUUGUUCGAACGGUUUACAUUCCAAACCAGAAUUUAAUAAUAUACCCAACAACAUUAUUCUCGUUGAAUAUGGAUUUCAGGCAGAUUAUGAUUUUUCUGAGUGGACAGAAGCAUUUACAAUAACUGGUGGUAAUGUUUUACCCAGUUCUGGAACAGCAAGUUAUAAUAGCUUAGCAGGAUGUCCAGCAUCAACGUAUGCAAACACAAAAAAUGCAAUGAAGACUUCGUUAGAACAAGAGUCGGUAGGAAUACUUGUAGCACACUGGUCAGGAAGUCAUCAUCUUACCCCUCAUCCUUUUGCUUGGAUUGGAUAUUUAAUAGCAGCAGGAUUAGCAUGGAACCCAGCCAGUGAAAUAGACAUGUGCGUGGACGACAAUUACGAAAUCUCUGAACUGUUUGGAUUAAGGCAAAAAUCUAUUACGAAGUUGCUGGAUAUUCACGUUUUCCAAGAUUCAGAAUACAAAAUUGGCAACGCAAUAUUAGAACUAGGCCGUUUAGAUACGUUGGUACUUACCUUAAGUAAAAACCAAGGAGCUAAAGAUCUGCAACAGAUUCCUGAUAAUCGAGGGUCAACAUUGUACAGAUUAUUAACAGACCCUGAUAAUGUAAAUUUGGAGUACCUUUCAGCUGAUUUAUUUGCAAAAGUCACGAAACAAGUUAAACGUAUUUCCCAUUCAUUGUAUGAUGUCAAUUUAUCGUCAAAGUUUGCGUCCAUGGAAAUACAAGAGCUUCAGUUGACCUCUGAUUUAAUGUUAACAGCAUGCAAAAUCGGAAGGACACUAAUUGGAGUUGGUGUUAAUCCUAAUAGCAAUAUGGGUCUCGCAGUUAUUAAUUUAGGAGUAUGUAAUCUUCCACCUACAUUUAGGACUGAUGUAGCAAAUAAAAUGUUGGCUCACAUAGAGCAAUAUAAGGGUUCAUGGUUACAGAGGCAUUUACCUCAGGGCCUUCAAAGCUCUUUACUAGUCUUAACUAGUGCUUUACAUAGGUUUGUGCCAGAAACAUAA